AUGUCUACGACUGAUAUACCGGUGGAAUUAAGAACUGCGAUCGAAUCAUGGCUACAGCUAGAUAAGAAUGAGGAGACUAGGAAUGAAGUGAUUAAGCUUUGCAAUGAUCAAAAUUGGGAUGAAUUACAUAAGAGGUUUGACUCCAGGAUAGUGUUUGGUACUGCUGGUUUAAGAGCUCGGAUGGAAGCAGGUACUAAUAGGCUAAACAAAUUGGUGAUUUUACAGGCGUCCCAGGGAUUAGCAACAUACAUCAAGGAUAAAUUCCCUCAAAAUUUAACAGCGGUAGUGGGUCAUGAUCACAGAUAUCAUUCACAAGAAUUCGCACAGGUUACUGCUGCGACAUUUAUAAGAGCGGGAUUCAAAGUUUACUACCUCAACCCCCACGAUGAAUUUGUUCACACUCCUAUGGUGCCCUAUAGUGUAGACCAUCUCAAUGCCUCUGUUGGUGUUAUGAUUACUGCCAGUCAUAACCCGAAAAUGGAUAAUGGCUAUAAGGUAUAUUAUACCAAUGGCUGUCAAAUAAUACCACCUCAUGACCAUGGCAUUGCUGAGACUAUUAAUAAUAACUUGGAACCAUGGUCAACCGAUUGGAACUUUACUAAGAUCUUAUCAAAUGCAGAGACAGAUGGAAAAAUUGAAUAUGUUAGAAAGAGAAUGUUGACUUCAUAUUUGAAUUCAGUAGUAAAUCAGCUUAUUCAAAGAGAUUUUGCUGCCCCAGAUGAAAAGCCCUGGUUUGUGUAUACACCAAUGCAUGGAGUUGGCCAUCAGAUUUUUAGCACUAUUUUAAAUGAAUCUCUUAAUUUGAAAGACAAUAUUGACUAUAUCACAGUUCCUGAGCAAAAAGAUCCAGAUCCUUCCUUUAGAACAGUUAGUUUUCCAAACCCAGAGGAGAAAGGUGCUUUGAAUUUAGCAAUUACGUUGGCUGAAGCCAAUGGAAUUAAGUUAGUUUUAGCGAAUGAUCCAAACGCCGACAGGUUUUCUGUUGCUGUUAGAGAUGACAGUAAAAAUGAGUGGAAGCAGUUAACAGGGAAUGAAAUUGGUUUACUUUUUGCCUUUUAUGAAUUCAAAAUGUAUCAAAAGGCUGCAGACAAGGGUAUUAAAAACAAACCUUUGGCUAUGCUUAAUUCAACGGUAUCUGCUCAGGUUAUCAAAAGGAUGGCUGAGAAAGAGGGUUUCCUUUACAAAGACACAUUGACAGGGUUCAAAUGGAUUGGAAAUGAAGCUGCAAAACUUGAGGAGAAAGGCUAUUUUGUUCCAUUCGGCUAUGAAGAAGCUAUCGGUUAUAUGUUCCCAGCUAUGGAGCAUGACAAAGAUGGUGUCAGUGCAGCCAUAGUCUUCUUGCAAGCUUACGCCAACUGGCUACAAUCUUCAUCCAACCCUAUUGAUAUAAUCCACGAAUGCUAUGAUAAAUAUGGAGUUUCAGCCGAGUAUAAUGGUUAUUAUAUUGUAUCAGAUCCGUCUAAAACAGACAAAGUUUUUGAAUCUAUAAGGUCCUCCUAUACAUCAAUGGGAUUAAGUUUUCCUGAGUCAAUCGGUGAGCAUUUUAGAGUAACUGAGUUUAGAGAUUUAACUAUUGGAUUUGAUUCAACAACAGCUGAUAAAAAACCUUUACUACCUGUAGAUAAGAAUUCCCAGAUGAUUACUAUUACUGCCGUUCCUUCUGGUGCCUCUAAUACUGGCGAGUCUGUUAGGUUCACAAUAAGAGGAUCUGGAACUGAACCCAAAUUGAAAGUAUAUAUUGAAGGAAUAAGUUCCACUGAGGGACGUGCACGUAUUCUUGCAAAAAGUCUUUGGGAGACCUUAAAACAUGAAUGGUUUAAACCCUCUUCAAAUGGAUUAUCCACAGACUUUUAG